AUGGACGACUCAUUGCGCAUCCUACAGUUGUCGUUCAGCUCACCUAAUGUGAUGCCAAUGAAAGUUUUCGGCGUUUCAUUCGCAUCCUUUCAUCUGCCCGCCCGCCACGGCGGUGCGCCUUUGAAGCGCUGCGACGCAGUCGCGACGCGGUGGCGGCGACUUCAAAGGCCGUCGCAGGGGCGUCGCCGCUCUCUCAGCCACACGUUGUCCCGUCAUUUCGCCAGCAAUCGAGUUCCAGCUAAAAUCGCAGACCGUCUGUCCUGGCCUAACUCCAACUUAAGCACUUCCUCUGCAGUCCACUACUGUUAUUUGUGCUUUAAUCGCGGUUGCUCAAGAAGCAGAUUGGCUUCAUGUUUUCUGAAAACUGCAUUUUGGAAUAGAGCAGGGAGAGCGUCGGUUAAUGGCUCAGAAAAGACAAAUAACGAGCUUGCAGACGGCGAUUUUGCCAUUGUAUUGAUUGUGUUCCAAUAUGUGGCGCUGAUCCAGUACUGGCCUCCAAAAUUCAAAACUUCGGUUCCCGAUGCAACAUCGCUUAGGAGGGGAGGGGAAGAAUGA